AUGGCCUCUUCCGGAGCUGUAACGCCGGCGUCGCCGAAGGUGGUCAAGAUCAAGGCCGCACAGCCUGGUGUAGCUCAGUUCGGCUGUGAACACAUUCAGGGAUUCUUGACGGGCCCUCCCGAACGUCUCGAGAAAACCAUAAUGCACUAUAAGAACUGCCUUCGAGUAAUUUUCGAUCAUACGCCAAUUGUCCCACAAACCUCGAAGUCUUCGAAAGGCCAAGUGCUCACUUCUCUCACACCGAAUUACUUGUGUCUGCAGUGCUCAACCACAACCACUGAGCACGAUUGUCUUGAGCAUGGAAACGAGACUUCGCAUAGAUUUUACGUCGAGUCAAAAAGUGGAAGCCUAUUUUGCCAGAUGUGCAAUGACUUCGUCUGGGACCCUACACUAGAAGAAUUGAGAUUGCGGAAGGAUGGUACUGGAUCAUUCUCUACCAAGAAACGGAAACAGGACGAGCUGUUCACCGACCCCUCCAAGGAGGAUGCUGGAGUUAUCUUGACAAACACUGUUGAAGCGCCCUGCCGUGCAAGUGGGAUACGGGGAAUCUACAACAUGGGGGCCACAUGCUAUAUGAACGUUAUCCUACAAUCAUUCGUCCACAACCCUCUUCUACGAAAUUUCUAUCUCAGCGACGGGCACAAGAGCAAAAACUGCGACUAUGAUCACUGCAUGAGCUGCGCAAUGGACGAAAUGUUUCAAGAUUUUUAUGCUCAGGAAUCCACUUCCGGAUACUCCGCAUCAAAUAUCCUUGCUAGCUUCUGGCUGUCCAAACGGAAGGGCUAUGAAGAGCUAGCCAGCAACAAGGAGCAAGACGCACACGAGUUCUUCCAAUUUCUCACUGAAGAACUGCACGAGAUUAAUGGAGAUGGCAAGCCUUCGUCACAACAAGAGAACCCAUCUCCAAAACGCUUAAAGACGGGCAAUGAAACAGCUUGCAAGUGUAUCGUCCACCAAACAUUUUACGGAAAAUUGCAAAGUACCAUCACCUGCCAGAACUGCGGCGAUAUCAACUCUUCAGUCGAGUCGUUCCUUGACCUCAGUCUUGGUCUUGACAUGCUCUCUAAGAAGAAGAGUCUCAAAGUAAGCAACUUGAGCGUCCAAAAAUGCCUGGACGAGGAGUAUAAGAACCCGGAACGCUGCGAGUAUACUUGCCAUGCAUGCGGAACUCAGGAAGCUAAGAAACAACUCAGCAUUAAGAGCUUACCAAAUGUGCUUUGCAUUCAGUUGAAGCGCUUCAAGCAAUUUAAUGGCUCAGCAUCGAAGAUUGACACAAAAGUCUCGUUCCCCCUCAAGCUCGAAAUGUUUCCAUACACAAAUCGAGCUCGGGUUCAGGACAGCAAGCAACAAAACUUCGAACUAGCAAGAGGCUGCACGUACGAUCUUCAGAGCGUUGUCGUUCAUGUUGGCAAUCUCGAGUCUGGCCACUAUGUUUCUUACUCCCGGGUUGGUAACCAGUGGCUCAAAUUCAAUGACCACACUGUCACACUUGCAUCAAAAUCGCAAGUUCUUAAUGAACAAGCGUUUCUCUUAUUUUACGUCAUUCAAUCAUUGGCAUGA